UAUUGUGCACGGGUCCAAAUUAAAAUCUAUGACGAAAUCUGUGAUUUUUUACCAGUGUUCUGUUUACCGCACAGCCAGUCCAAUAUGAUCGCCUACAAAGUUACGCUGAUAUGUUGCUGUAUUUCACUAGUACUGUCUUCUACUGAACAAGAAAAAAAGCAAAAUGGAACCCUGAGGAAAGCCUGUUUUGAAUUGGGACACGCCAGACAACCAGAACGACGAGUGAAUACAACACUAAGAUUAGCGAAAUUGAGAGAAGUGUUGAGAAGUAGUAUAACAUUAAAAGAGUUACCAAUUGACGCUUAUAUUGUUACAUCUACCGAUGAACAUCAGAACACGGAAAUCGAACCGUUCGAAAAACGUCGCCAGUACAUCUCGGGAUUCAGCGGCAGCUAUGGAGACGCUGUGGUGACUCAAAAGCAGGCAGCGUUAUGGACCGACGGCCGGUACCAUCUUCAGGCGGACGAGCAGCUCGACUGCAACUGGUUGUUUUUCAGGGAAGGGCACAGGAACAUUCCAAAAAUGUCGCAGUGGCUGAAGAAAAACAUUCCCAAGAAUGGUCGGAUAGGUUUGAACCCCAAGCUUGUAUCGGAACAUAUAUGGAGCAAGCUCGAGUCGGAACUGCAGAGUUCAUCCCUGUACCUUGUGGAAUUGAAAGUUGAUCCCAUAGAUAAGAUUUGGCCUCCGAACGAGAGGGAGCCUAGACAAACCAAGAGUUCGUUUGUUGUUGGCAUACAAUACACAGGAAAAAACUACACGACAAAGAUCAACGAAACAAGAAGAGAAAUAAAAAGACUUGGAGCUGAUGCGAUGGUCAUAACAGCAUUAGACGAAAUAGCUUGGUUACUGAACGUUAGAGGAAGAGAUGUGCCUUUUUCGCCUUUUAUCAGGUGCUACGUUAUCCUUGACAUGCAUAACAUAUUUAUGUACGUCGAUAUCAGUAAACUUAGUAAAGAAACUAUAGAGUAUCUCCGUGCUGGAACCAACAUCCUCGGAAAGGAUUCUGUUACUUUACUUGAAUAUGAAGCUUUCUGGAAUGAUUCAAGAACCAGAUACCAAUUAUAUCACAAGAUUCUAGUCCCUUCCCAUUGCGUUUACAGUGACGGGGCUAGCCACGAAGUUUACAAACAUAUUUCCCGGGAAAAGAGGCUACCGAGGCAAUCUCCAAUCAUCCAUCUUAAAGCAGUGAAGAAUUCGGUAGAAAUUAAUGCUAUGAGGGAGGCUAACAUUUUGGAUGCAACUGCUGUUUGUGACUGUUUGGCGUACAUAGAGAACAAGGUUGCAGAUGAUAGAGAAUUUUCUCUGCACGAAAAAAAUUUGGUUCAAUAUUUGGACGAAUACAGAUAUGAGCAAUACAAAAGUUUUGGAAACAGUUUCCGGACUGUAGCUGCCUUUGGACCAAAUGCUGCUUAUCCAGAAUACGAACCCACCCCUAAUACGAACGUAAACAUUUUUCGAAACAGUACGGUAGUGUUGGAUUCUGGCGGUCAAUAUUUUGGUGGUACCACAGUAGUGACAAGAACUGUACAUUUUGGUGAACCAACAGAUGAUAUGAAAGAAGCAUAUACCAGAGUUUUAAUGGGAUUGAUUCAGCUGUCUUCGCUUACUUUCCCAAAUAAAACAAAAAUGGCUGCAGUUGACGCUUUAACCAGAGCUUCAUUGUGGGAUAUUGGUCUGGACUACGAACAAGAAACUGGACAUGGAAUAGGGGCCUUCCUAGGAACACAUGAAUCUCCCAUCAAAAUACACUAUGACUCAGAAAUCAGUAUGCAUCAAGUGUUCAAACCAGGGUACUUCCUCACCAGCGGACCAGGAUAUUACAAUGCAGGUGAAUUUGGUAUUAGAUUAGAAAACAUCCUAGAAGUUUACGAAAAGAGGUGGUUAGAACGCACUGGGCACAAAUUUCUAGGGUUCAAAACCAUCACGCUUGUUCCCUUUGAAAUGAAAUUGAUAAAGUUGAGUUUGUUAUCGACACAGCAGAGAAAAUGGCUGAAUGAAUACAACAAGCAAAUACGUGAACUGGUUGGAGCCAAACUGAAGAGUCAGAAUCGAAUGGAUGGGUUCUACUGGAUGAUGGAUAGAACUAAGUACGUUCCGGAACAUGCACAUACAAUUACCACUCAACCUUUAUUGUUAAUUAUAUCCAGCACUGUCCUUAUAUUAAAGACGUACUUUUUAUGAAAUAGUAAAUUAUUACCUAAUGUAUAAACAAGGAUACUGCCUAUAGAUAUGUAAAGUUAGAUCAUAAAAGUGAGAUCACCUCAAUUUUUUUUGUAGUACAAUUCAAUUUUCCAUUACUUUUAAAAUAAAUACAAAUAUUAUACACUUUUUUAUUUCUAUCUCUAUCUUAAAUGUACUUGGUGGCUUUUUAACGUUGAUGGACUAUAAAAUUUAGCACAUGCAACGUAUUGUUUAUAGAUAUUUAAGUACCUAUAGGUAUUGUAAAUUUUGUAAAAUGUUCUGUAUCUAUUAUUUUUA